AUGAAUAUGUGGUUGGAAAGGUUUCCAUACGUGGUAAGUUUACAAACAAUAGCCUUUUUAAACUUUAAAGAUAUUAAGUUACCCCAAAAGUAGCUGGACACUUUUGAGAUGCAGUAAAUAACAAAUGUCCCGCUACUUUUGGUUCGACCUAAUAACAGUAUUUUAACUGCUACACGAGCAGUAACACAAAAUUUUGUAGUGAUACAAGAAGUAACACUUCAUUUUACAAUUUUUUAAACGCGUGUAUAUAUCAGUAAUACUUUUUUGAGCUUUCCUUAAUGUCAUUAAUUUUUUUUACACCGCCAUUUGCUAGCAACUGAAGUAUGAUUACUGCCAAAUAUUAUUUAAAAAGCUUUAUAUAAUAUUUUGAAAAAAAACUAUAUUGUUUUGGCUUUUAUUGAAUAUUAUACGCAUUUAUCUGUUUUUUUAGUUGUGGCCAAACAUUUUAAGUCACAUUGAAGGCCUAUACCUUCAUAAAGGUAUUGACAGUGAGGCCACUAUUGCAUCAAUACAUAAAAUUCUUUACAAAUGGAUUAACAGAGAUUUCAAAGCAAUGUGUUAUCAAGAAGGCAUUUACAGAUUAAAAGGAGAAUCGUGGGCUACGGCGUUUAGUUCGUAUGUUGUCUUAGUUAGUUGCCUUGUCCUUAUCUAUUACUUUUUUAACCUUUGUGUUUUAGAAUUAAAGACCGUGCAUUUGAUUUGAGAGGCCGACAUGGACUCAGCUGUCCUCAUACUGGCAAAGUUGUCUUUAAGUUGGGAGCGCAUCAUACUAUUAUUUCACAUAUGGAUUUUUCUAAAUUUGAAUACGAACUUAUUGAUUUCACACAACAUUUUGAAGACGAAAUUAGCGAUAUUCACAUUAUAAACCACGGAAAACGACUGAUAAUCUACUGUGGUAAAAAUGCGCAUGAUGGAACUUCCUAUUUGUAUGAAAUAAGUACGGUCAAAGUAAUCAAAAAGUUUGAGGCAACUGAUUUUUGUCUUGGAGUUUACAUCCAAUCAAAACCGGAUAACAUGGUCUAUGACCCAGUGAACGACAGGGAAUUUUCACUGCCUUUCGGCAUGGAAUUUAGGAUGUGUGUAAAUAACGACAAACAUAGCGAACAUCGAUAUAUACCAAUCUUGGCACGAUCAGAAAGGGCAUUGUACAUAAAAGACAUGAAGACUGAACAAAUUUUCAAAAUGUGCAACGUUACUGCCUCUGACUUUAAUCACUGCUUUUUUGAGGAAGCUGGUCUUCUUUAUGUGAGAAGUAAGAUUGAUUUGUAACGUAAUAAUAUAGCUCAUUAAUAAGUAAAGAAAUUGUUAGACAAAGUGAGGUUCGAUAAAACAAGAAGUUUUAUUUUACUACAGUUUUAAAAUUUUUAAAAACACUUAUAGAUAAUGUUAACGACGCAAGUGGUAACAAAACAAUCCGAUUUUAUGAAAUAGAGACUCGAAAAAAAGUGUACGAACGCACUUACGACGAGGACAAAGACAAUUGGGACUAUUUUUCAAAUUAUGCCAUAUUUAACAGUAAAACUGGCGAAGUAAGUGCAAAAUUUUAGCUUCAGAAGCUUAUAAUUGUUUAAAUAGAAACGUUUUGUUAUAUUUGUUUGCAGUAUGUCAUCUUCAACCCAAAAAACAAACAAUUUUACUCGAGAUUCAUCUGUUGCCAACAUCCAGAAUCAUACAAACAACUUCCUCAAGAUGUAAUGUGCCGUUUUAUAUCUUAUCUCAGACACAAUGGGCGCAAUUGUGUUGAAUGGUGUAUAAUGCAUAAGAAACAACGUACAUUCUUUUUCGAUUACAGUAGAGGUAAAGUAAUACUUUUCGUUAGCUAUUCACAUAUUUAAAAUACAUACUUUCAAACUCAAUUUUAAAGCAUUUACUUUAUAACAAUAAGGCAGUAAAAUGAUUUCAGACAAACUAACAUUGACAGAAAUCGAUCCUAAUGAUAAUCCUUCGCUUAGCAAAUUGGUUAUUCAAUGUACCAAAUUCUUGGAAGAACGUCAGAAAUUAAGCCUUGAUAGUACUACUAUAUCUGAUGAGGUAAAGCAAUUCUUUGAAUCUCAACUUUUAAUGAUGACUAUGGAUUGA